AACACGUUGUUAUUUCUCUUACGUUGUAGUUACGGUACGUAUUUAGACCGUACAUGUUACAAUGACCCAAAAAAAGUAUGAACCACCUGAUGGAGGAUGGGGUUGGAUGGUAGUUAUCGCGUAUUCUAUUAACUUUACUACAACUCUUCCACUGAUGCAAUUGUUUGGAUUACUUUACCGAAAAAAAUUAGAAUUCAUUGGUCUCUCAGCAACCGACAUCUCAAUCAUAAUCAACACAAAUCAGGCCUUUGGAAUGCUUAUGGGUUUGGUGAAUGGAGUUUUAUUAAAAAAAAUGGGUUACAGAAAAGUUGCGAUUAUAUCUACUUUUUGUACAACAACCGGAAUCAUAUUUACAGGAUUUUCAAAUAGCUUCAUUGCCUUUCUUUUCACUUACGGAAUGCUUUAUUCGUUAGGAUGUGGAAUGGGAAUUUCAGCUUAUACAUUGGCAUUAAAUACGUAUUUUCUAAAAAGAAGAACCAAUGCAGUGGGAAUUGCUUUGUCCGUUUCGGCUCUAGGUCCAAUAUUUAUGCCACAGUUAGUCACUUAUUUAUUAAAUCAUUAUGGUGAAAGAGGAGCUGCGGCAAUCCUGGGAGCUCUAGCAUCUCAUGCCUUUAUAGGAGCUGCCCUUCUUCAACCUAUUAAGAGACAUUUGAAAGUUGUCGAAGUUUUAGAAGAUGUUCAAGAAAAACCAAUGAUACAGAUUGGAAGGAAAGUAAGUCAAAGUGAUCGACUUCCAAGAAAACUAUCAAUGACAAAAUCUAGCCUUUCUAUUGAUCAUGAUAUCGAUUCUUCAUCAAUAUAUGGAUUUGAGUCACAAAAUUUAAACUUAAGCAGAGUCUCGUUAUCCGCAGAAUCACCUCUUGCUCGAAAACAAAGUAUAUACGACUCUUAUAUAUCGCUGGAAUCUGUACAUGAGGAAAAUGAUGAAGAACAAAGUAAUGAGAAUCUACAAUUGUUCGGAGAAGACACCAAUACAAACAAUUUAGAAGACGUGAAAUCAGAAAAAAAAGAAAGUGCUUUAAUAGCAUGCUUCAAAUUUGUCUCCGAUAUAUUUGAUUUAACGUUAUUAUGUGAUCCUAUAUAUGUUAAUAUAAUGUUGGGAAUGUCGAUCGCGAUAUUUUCGGAACUUAAUUUUUCCAUGUUUACUGCUUUGAUGUUGUCAGAAUUUGGUUUGAAUAAUGAACGAGCUGCUACAUUUAUGUCCGUAUUGGCUAUUGCAGAUCUGAUAUUUAGAUUUCUGUCACCUUACAUUGCUGAUUGUUUCAAAAAACCACCAAGGAUAAUGUACAUGGUCAGUUUGGUGCUUUUAGCAUUGACUAGAUUUUUAUUUAUAAGUGUCCGAGGAUACACAUUAUUGUUAAUUACUGCUGUUGGUCUCGGAAUAGCAAAGGGGUUACGAAUUAUUUACAUGAAUCUGGUGAUUCCAGCGUACGUCCCUUUGGAUAAACUGCCUGGAGCAUCAGGAAUCCAAAUGGUAACCAAUGGAAUAUUGUUCAUAACAGGAGGUCCAUUUUUAGGUUUUAUAAAGGAUGUAACGGGCACUUACAGAAAAUGUGUUGUCUUGAUGAACUUAAUGACACUUCUAACAGUUGUAAUGUGGCUUACGGAAAUGAUAAUUGUUAAAGUGAGAAAUACCAGAAAAGUUGGCUAUCCUUAGAACGCUGAAAGAAUUUUACGGUGGAUUUUUCCUUUUGAGGUAAAUAUCAAGAGAUGCGAUUAGAAAAUCAGAAGAAAAUUGCUAAUUCGGUAAUGUAGAUGUCAGAUUAUCAUAAGUUGAUGGAAAUAUACUUUGAUUUGUUAAUUUGUUGUAUUCUGUAGCGUUUUCUUUUAUAUGUAGUGUUUUCUUUUACGUAAUAUAAACAUACACAUGAAAGCAAA